AUGGCAGACAGGCUCUACCAAUACUCAACCGCGUCCGCGCUCAUGUCCGGCGUCGCAUCCACGGGCAUUCCGCUUUCCAACCUUCUAAGUCACGGCAGUCAUGGCCUAGGGACAAUGGUAUCGAUCAACGGCGAAGUGGUCAUACUCGAUUCUACAACUUACCAUUUACAAUCCUCCGGCGCCGUACGAAUAGUCGAGCCACAUGAACAACUGCCCUUUGCCAUGGUGACCUCUUUCGACGACUGCAAGACACGCACUCGGUCGACUUUCUCGGAUCUACCCAGCAAACAAUCCAUUCUUCAAAAUCUACAGUCCUUGUUUCAUGGACUCAAUAAUCGGUUCGCGUUCUUCUUGAUUCCGCGCAUUCACCUCGACACUAUUACCGCUCGCGUCGUGCGUGGGCAACAAUACCCCUUGCAGCCACUAUCCGAGCUCGGUGAGGCACAAAAAGUCAAUACAUACGAGGGCGUGUCGGGAACAAUAGUCGGAUUCUGGUCGCCGGCGUACAUGGAUGGAAUCUCAGUCAGUGGGUUGCACAUGCACUUCUUGUCGGAGGACAGAUCGUACGGAGGACAUGUGCUGGAGAUGAAGUCCAGGUCUGAGUUUGUGUUUGAAGCGGCACUACUGAAUGAAUUCGAUUUAGAGCUAGCUGAUAGUGAAGAUUUUGGGAAUGCGCGAUUGGAAAUAGGAGGAGAAGCGUUGAAGAAGUCGCGGCUGGCUGAUAAGUCCGUUAUCGUACCUGCGCUAUACCCGAUCUGCUACGGACGAAUGUCCUCCUCUCUCCCCGGCAGUCGGGACCUCCCCCGAUCCCAAUAUGACCUGAGCACUUAUUGGGGUCGUGUGCGCGAGUGUGCCGGCAUAUCUGAUCCUCGAAUGCUCUUCAUCUCCUCGUCAGGACUGGAAAAUGCAAAGAAAUUAAUCAUUUCGUACAAGAAUGGCGAAACGAAGGAAAUGACUCCUGAGUUAUGGCGCGCAAAGCAGAUUGUUGAUUCGACAUUACAUCCUGACACCGGUAACCCGGUCUUUCUCCCGUUUCGAAUGUCCUCAUUCGUCCUCUCCAAUCUCGUCGUUACAGCGGGUAUGCUCACACCAGGUCUUCAGACAACCGGCACACUCCUCUGGCAAAUAGCCAACCAAUCCCUCAACGUAGCAAUUAACUCCUCCAACGCCAACAAAUCCACCCCCCUAACAACCUCCAUGCUCAUCAAAUCCUACCUCCUCGCCGUCUCAGCCUCCUGCUCCGUAGCCUUGGGGCUUAACGCAAUCGUUCCACGCCUGAAAAACAUCUCCCCAAACACAAAGCUCAUCCUUAGCCGUCUCGUCCCGUUCGCCGCUGUCUCAAGCGCUACAGCCCUAAACGUCCUCCUAAUGCGCAGCGAAGAGAUUCGUCGCGGUAUAGACGUCUACCCUGUCCUGAGCGAGUCGGAAAAGAAAGCUCGCGAAUCAUCAGGUCAACCAAUCGAAUCCCUCGGCAAGAGCAAAAUCGCCGCCAAAAUCGCCGUCGGCGAGACGGCAAUUAGUCGCGUCCUAAACGCUACACCGAUUAUGGUUUUACCACCUUUAAUACUUGUUCGGCUUGAGAAGAUGGAUUGGUUGAAACAACGGCCUCGACUUGUAUUGCCUGUGAAUCUGGGACUGAUUUUGACGACAUCGAUAUUUGCGCUGCCAUUGGCGCUGGGCGCGUUUCCGUCUAGACAGGCUAUUGGAGUGAAGAGUUUGGAGGAGGAGUUUUGGGAUAAAGGUGGCGAUGGGGGGAAGGUUGAGUUUAAUCGGGGAAUGUAA